AUGAAAAUUAAUGUACUAAAUAUUUGUAAAGUUAGAAAUAAUUGCCUAACAUUUCAAAAACACCUAAAGCCAAAAGUUUCCAUUCAAUGGAACAUCUUUUUAACUCUUCUUAAAAAUAAUCUAAAUAAUUUCAAGAUAAUUCGUUAAAAUCUUUUAAUAACAUAAGUAAUGUUUCAUUCAUUCGAAAUGAUAAACAAGAUGCGAAACAAGAUGUAUGAUUUAGAGUAUUUUUUUAAAGCAAUAUUAUGCAUCUCCUAUGUUAAGUAAAUCUCAAAUGUUUGAAGUUGAGAGAUAAAGUAAACAACGAAAAAAUGAAGUGUACUCUUAAAUGUUAAGUGAGAAUCCAUUCAAAUUUAAUAAUGAUUCUUAAGAAGAUAUAGUUCCAGAAUAUCCUCGAAGUAUAUAACUAAAUUUAUGUAAAUAUUAGAAGUAUCAUCGAUUCAUGUUAAUUUAUUUGAUCUCAGAGAUAAGGAAAAACUAUCAUAAUUAUUAUAAGAAACUAGCAACUUUUCUGAUAAACUAUCCUAACAUAUUCCACAAACUAAACCAGCUAAUGUUUUAAUUUAAAGAUAAGAUGUUAUAAAAUUAGCUUAAUGGAUUGAUUAUUAAAUGAAAGUAAUCACAGCUGAUUCUAAACUUAAAGAGGAGAAAAUGUUAAUAUUAUUGGAAUAAGUAUUUAAUUAAAGUCUCAAAGAAUUAGUAAGAGAAAUAUCUAUUGAUUGUGUAGAAAAAGGGUAAACUUAUAAUAUCUUUAAUUAGAGUAUUAUUGGAAAAGAUUUGGAAUCAAUAUGUCAAGUUUAAUAAUAUUGUUAUAUAAGCAAACUAAUAGGAGAAAAUAAAUUAAGAAAAAGAAUACUUAAAUGAACUAAAAUAAGUAAAUAUAUUAUAAAUUAGGUUCAUUAAACUUAUUAAUUAUCAGUCUAAGUUUAUGAUGAUAAGAUUAAAUUCCUAGAUAAAUAAAUUUAAUAAUUAUAAUUUAAAUAUGAAGAAAAAGUGAUUGAUUACGAUAACAUAAAUUCUAAACAUUAGCAUAUUAUCUAAUAAUUUGAAACUUUAAAACAACAAAACCACGAGCUUAAAGAUAAUUACUGUAUCAUAAUGAAUUAAAAUGAUGAUUUAAUUAUUAAAAAUAAUAAUCUUUAGAAUGAAAAUUAAAAAAUAUUAAAAUAACUAAAUGAUAGAAUUAAUCAUAGCCUUUAGAAGUCAAAAAGAGGUCAUAACAUAUACGGAGAAUUUGAAGAUCAUAAAUCAACUAGUUGUUUUGAUUUAUAUACUACUAUGGAAAUAUAUAUGAAUAAAUAAACUUAAAUUAAUGCUCCAGAUAAAAUUCAAUAAUAUGCUUAAACUGAUUAUAGAUAUUUCAAAUAAGUUGGAAUUCAAUGUAAUAAUUUAGAUUUAGAAGAGUAACUUAUUUAAUCUCCUUAAUCAUCGAUUAAUAGGUAAUACUUGUAAUAUUUUUAGAAAUAAUUCAAAUUCCUAAAAUUCUGAUUUAAGAAAGAUAAAAGAAAUCAAUUUUGCAUUAGAAGAAAGAAUUAAAUUAGAAAUUUAAGUUUAAGAUGAAUUAAGGAAAUAAAAACAAUAAAUUUAAAGAGAAACUGAAGCUUAAAAAAUUAAACUUACUAAUUAAAAUACUUUAAUAAUUUAAUUAUAAAAAGAAAUUGAUAAUUUAUAAUAAGCAUUAGAAAAGAAACAUGUAAAUCAAUAAAGAGAAAUUACAGUUGUUAGUAUUGAUUAGUAAAAUACUGAUUAACAAAUGACUUUAGCUCCUUAACAAACAACAUCAUCUAUUAAAACAAAUUAAAAAAUUGAAACAUAAAAUAAAAUACAUGAAAAUGCAACUUCAGAUAUCAAUAAAUUAUCAUAAAGUUUGAAAAAUAAAUAAUAAAUAGAGGGUUCUAAAUAAACUUAAUUAUAAUCUUCUCAAUCACUGAAACAAACUAACUCAGGAUUAAGCAAGGUUAAUUCAACUGAAAUUAAAGAAUUAAAAACAUAAGUUAAGUCCUUUAAAAACUCAUCCUAAAUUAUUCCAAGAAGAUAAUCAUAAAAUUCAUUACAUAUUAGCAAUUCAUAAGAAUAAGUUAAAAAUUAAAAUAAUGAUGAUCCUUUAAAUAAAGUAAUUAACGAUUUUAUGACUGAUACAAAAUAUUUUCAAAAUCAAAGAUCGAGCAUUGUUUAAUAGAGAAGACAAACAUUAUAAUAAAAUUAUAUCAUGAGUUAAUAAGAAAAACAAUGUAUUAUAUAUUUUCAUCUAUCAUUAGAACAAAAAUUAGCAAAACUUAAAAGGGAAAAUAUUUAUAUUGAUGUUGCUUUAGCAUUCAUAAGUUAAUUAUAAUAAGAUUUUAAAUAAAAUCCAGAAUAAAUGGAAAAUACUAUUACUUUAUAAAACACAUUAAAAUAAGUUUCCUUUUUCUACAAAGAAAGGUUGGAGUAAAAGUAUCCAAUAUAUGCAAUUUGUUAUGAAUAUUUUAUAAAUCAAUAUGGAUUAAAGAAUGUUGCUGAAUAAAAGAUGACAUAAUUUUGUCAAAGUUUAAUAUCUUAUUAAUCAAAUCAUAGAAUUAAAUUAUUCGCUAGAUUUUUGCAAUUAUAUGAAGGAAUUUCUAAUGAAGAUCUAGAUUUCUAUAUUUAAUCAUUAUCAACUUUAGAUGAGCAUUCUAAUCCAUUAAAUCUGUUAUAUUGUAAUUAAAUCAGUGAUUGCAUUUGCGUUUCACAAUUAAAAAUUAAAAAAUAAUUAAUGAUCUUAAAUGAUAAAGGAUUAGAAAUACUAGAAUAGCUGGCAUAAUACUAGAAAAUAAUUAAUGGAGACAUAUAUUUAGAUUUAGAUCAAUAUUAUUUAUAUUGUAUUGAAUAAUUUUAAUACUUAAGAAAAAUAUAAUAAGAUAACUUUAGUGAACUCUUUUAGGCAAUCGAUAUUUAUGAUAAUUAGAUAAUAAGUUAUGAAGAAUUUUAGAUUUUAUUUCAUUUGAUUGAAGAUAAAAUAAACAUUUUGUAUUAUAAAAAAUUAUUUGAGAAAGAGAGUUAAAAUAAUAUCGGAUUAAACUUUUAUCAAUUUGGAAUGUUUUGCAUGCAUAAUAAUUUAUUUACAAAAUAGAGACAGGAUAAUUUCUUUUUUUCUAAUUAGGAUAGCAUUAAUGUAUUGUAUAAUAAUUGGGAUAGUUAAAGAAAUCUUAUAACUAACAGAUUGAAACAAUCAAAUAGCUUUAAUCAAUACUAUCAGAAUUUUAUUCGGAAGUUAGAUGAUGUAAAAUUAUAAAACAAAUAUUAGGCUAUAAAAAAUAACAGAAGCAAUGCUUGGAAUUUGUGGAGAAUUUUAGAAGAAUAGUCCAAAAGAAUAUUUCUUGAUUCUAUAAUUAUGGAUGUUGUUGGAAAAAAUUUUUAUAUCAUAACUGAAAAAUAUGAAUAUUUAUUCUCUUUAGAUUGA